AUGUACGCAAUAGCGGCAAGUCCCAGUGUGGCCACCAAUCCAGGAUGCGUUGCCAUCACGUGGGGAAGAUGCCAACCAUCUGGCAUACGGUUGCUCCGAGUUUCCGAGAGCGGGCACGAAGAGGUGGUGCGUAUGCUGCUCGAGAUUGGCGCGGAUGCCAAUGCUGUCGCCGCUGCUAAUGAGACGGGGAUGGGAGCCAAACAAACAUCACUCCGACUGUUACUAGAGAAGGGAGCGCACAUCCACCUGAAGGAAGAACAAAUGACCACACUAGACCUGGCAACAAAAACUGCACACAAGGAUGUUGCGCAACUGCUGCUGGAGGAAGGUGAGAAACAAAGGGAACCGAAAGAGACCGUAUUGAAUUUGGCGGCAAAGAAGGGCCACGUGGAGGCUGUCCGGCUGUUGUUAGAGAAAGAUACACACGACAUUCCAGAGGGAAAACAGCGACAGCACUGCACCGGGCUGCAGAGUAUAGACGCAAGGCAGUGGUGGAGCUCCUGCUCGAGAAUUGUGCAGAAGUCAAUUCAGAGAAAGAGGAAAGGGAGGGCUACUCCGAGUCGAAAAGUCAUGCGGAGAAGAACGACGACAAACGAAAAUGACAGCAUUACACUGGGCCGUUAUGAACAGGCAUGA